GAGGAGGAGGUGGACAAGGAGGUGGAGGAGGAGGAGGUUGAGGAGGAGGUGGAGGAGGAGGUGGAGGAGGAGGAGGGGGUGGAGGGGGAGGCUGCCGGGGAGCUUCACCUGGAGUCGAAGCCGACCGGCUGUGAAGGCGCUCAAGGGCUUGGCUGCCCUGCCCGACUAUGGUGGGGAAGAUCAAGAAGAGCGGUGCAAAUGCGAGGCGAGGAAAAGGAGGCAGGGCGGCAGGAGCGGCAGACGCUGGCGUCGUGCUGAAGAGAUUCCUGCGCACGUACGACAAGCACUGCGCCGCCACGGAGAGCACGCCCAGCGCGCCACUGCGUCUCGUCCUGAAGACGCACGCUGACGCGGGUACGCUCGUUAACAAGUUUGUUGUAGCACAAGCAGAGGGGAGUGUCGGACCCUCAGUCCUGCUCCAGCCUUUGCUUUUGGCCAUCCGAGAUGAGCGCUACAUGCAAGGGAAGGAGCUCUGCGUCUUGGACGUUCCGCUCAGCAACCAGGACGUCGCUGAACUGUCCUUGCUCCUGGAGAUGCGGGGCAAGACGUGGUACCCGUUUGCGCGUCUCGUGCUGUCCGACUGCGCGCUGGACGUGUGGUCGAUGGGGCGGCUGGCCCGGGCCCUCAGGACCAGCAUUCUAACUCACCUGCAUCUCGACUACAACAAGAUCGGAGACACCGGUGCCCUUGCGUUGGUCCAGGGCUUAGCCGGAAAUGCCCAGAUGCUGUCCCUGAGCCUGUGCUACUGUGGGCUGGGCCCGCCCAGCGGCGCACCCCUGGCCUCCCUCGUCACCAGCACCGCCAUCGUCGAGGUGUAUCUGGAUGGCAAUGACCUGCGGUGCGAAGGGGCGACGGAGCUCGUCCGGCCACUCGUGGAGCACGCGGAGCGUGUAGCUGCCACUCGUCCACGCCUGGAUGUAGGGGACGGUGAAGACCUGGCCAAGCAGCUGCUUGAUGCACCGGACAAAUCGGGCGUGCGGUCAGCUGUGUCGCUACUGGACGAGGGUGAGCAGCCGCCGCAGGUCCCGGUCGACCCCAGCGGCAGCUCCAUCGCGAAGCCGAAGCGGAAGAAGAAGUCUAGGAGAGGGGCUCGGAGGAAGAAGAAGGGCCCUGAGAAGGCUGAGGUGGGGCCCUGGCUGCGCAAGCUGCACCUGUCAGACAACGGGAUUGACGGGCUGGGCGCAGGCAGGCAGACGGCACCGCUCGACUUCUCGAUGUUGCUCGCCAGGUUGAUCCGCCUGUCCGACGCCCUGCAGGAGCUUGACCUGGACGACAACGACGUGGGGGAGCUCGGAGGACGGCAGAUCCUGGAGGCGCUAAAGCAGCGGAAGGAAGGUGCCGAGCGACAACAUGCGGGGUCGUGUGUAGCCGUCGUUAUUAAUAUCGUUGUGAAAGAUGCUUUUUUCAGGAGGGUCCUGCCGCGUCUUCGCAGGAGGGAGGCGAUAUUGUUGUUACGCGCAAUUCCAACUGAGUACUUUGUAGGUGAAUUUUCACAUUUUGUGUGGAUGUUAAUUCGCUAUGAGAAGAAACCGGAGAGAGCCUGGUGGAAACCCAUGCAGAUCAGGGGGGAAACAUACAAACACCACACGUAAAUGUGCCUCCUGUCGGUAAUCGAACCCAGGCCCUCGCCGCGAUGCACGAGCGUCACCACUGUGCCACCCUUGUGGCCGGUGGAAGAGUUUCUCCUGCAGUCCUGAAGGCAUUGUGUGAGCGACCACUUUUGACCUCAUCAGGUUUAGCCAAUGAAUGUAAACUACAUUCCAUAUGAGUGAUAUGAAGCCUUCUGAGGCUUUGACUUCCACCACCCGGUCACUUUGGCCACUUAAAAUAUGUUCCCAUUUGGUGUAAACGGGGUGGGCACUUGUGAGGUUGUACAUAGUUCAUCAAUAGCAUCGGUCCCUGGUUCCUUCUGGUGAGAAUGAGCCCUGACUGGUCUUUCAGUCCAGUGAGGUUUCCUCUGUGUGAGGCUUGUUGUACACUGCAGAUGUUGAUCCACACGGCUACAUUGUUGCAUGUUAUUACUACGCUUGUUUACCAGGAAAGCCUCACUGGGUCUCAUGAUUUUCUUUCAGGAGGCUUCUGCCAAGUUGUUCAGAGUAAUGGGGGGGGGGGGGGGUGAUGAUCAC